UCUAAUAUACUCUCUACCUACCCACCCUUUGUUUUCUUUUUGCAUACCUACCAUGAGCCCAUCACCGAUAAGCUCGUCCAAUUACACAAAUGUGAAAUGCCUGUUUUAAUUUCUGGACUUGCUUUGCUUGUAUAACGUAGUCGUCAUCAUCACCACUGGAGACCAUCAAUUUCAAUUCAAUUCAAUACUCGAGUAAAACUAUUUCUUUAUCCCACUCUUCUCUCUGAAACUUCUGGCGACCUCACAAACUCGCAGCAAGCAAGCUGCGCAAUCGGAAUCUCAGUCUCCAGACCGUUCAUGCAUUUUUGAUUCAGCUGUUGCAACUUGCAAGUGUGUCGCAGCGAGCGAAGGUUUUGGAGAACCAAAGGCAACCCAUGGCUUCCGACCCUGAGCAGCCUUCCUUCUCUUCAAUCGGAAGGGUCGGGAAGUCUUCCGGCGAGAUUGAUGGUGCUGGUGUGGAUGAGCCUUUGCUGAAUGCCGGUCAGCAUCAUAGCUCCGAGAGUUAUUCUGUGCUGGCUGCAAUUUUCCCGUUUCUGUUUCCUGCUUUGGGAGGACUGUUAUAUGGUUAUGAUAUUGGUUCCACCUCGAGUGCUACGAUAUCUAUUCAGUCAGCUAGCUUUAGUGGAAUUUCAUGGUACAACUUAAGUUCUGUGGAAGUUGGGCUCAUCACAAGUGGCUCAUUGUAUGGCGCGCUCAUUGGAUCCAUAUUGGCCUUCAAUAUUGCAGACUUUCUUGGAAGAAGAAAGGAGUUGAUUCUGUCUGCUGUCUUGUAUCUUGUCGGGGCACUCAUAACAGCAGUAGCACCUAAUCUGGCCAUUUUGAUCAUUGGGCGUGUUUUAUUUGGUACUGGAAUAGGAUUGGCAAUGCAUGCUGCUCCUAUGUACAUUGCUGAGACAGCUCCAAGCCAGAUCCGUGGCCUACUAAUAUCUCUGAAAGAGUUUUUUAUUGUCCUCGGGAUGGUGGCUGGCUAUGUCGUUGGUAGUCUUCUAGUUGAGACUGUAGCUGGCUGGCGCUAUAUGUAUGGAGUCAGUACCCCUUUGGCAGUGAUCAUGGGGAUUGGGAUGUGGUGGCUAGCUGAAUCACCUAGAUGGCUCCUGCUGCGUGCAAUACAGGGUAAAGGUGAUGCACGAGAUUUGAAAGAAACGGCAAUAAAUUGUCUGUGCCGCCUUAGGGGUGAAGCUUUUGGAGAUACUGCUCCUGCACAAGUGGAAGAGAUCCUCAAUGAGCUUGCUUUUGUUGGAGAGGAGAAGGAAGUUACAUUUGGGGAAGUAUUCCAAGGAAAAUGCUUGAAGGCCUUGACGAUUGGCUGUGGACUAGUGCUGUUUCAACAGAUCACAGGGCAACCAAGUGUAUUAUAUUAUGCUGCAUCCAUUCUUCAGAGUGCAGGAUUUUCAGCAGCUUCUGAUGCCACCCGUGUCUCAAUUUUGCUUGGUUUAUUGAAGUUAAUUAUGACUGGGGUAGCAGUUCUUGCAGUUGAUAAACUUGGAAGGAGACCGUUGCUACUUGGUGGUGUUUCUGGAAUUGCUGUCUCUUUAUUCCUAUUGGGAUCAUAUUACAUUUUCCUCAAUGAUGCACCCCUCAUGGCAGUAGGUGCUUUGCUGGUGUAUGUGGGAUGCUAUCAGCUAUCCUUCGGGCCUAUUGGCUGGUUGAUGAUAUCAGAGAUUUUCCCUCUCCGCUUGAGAGGUCGAGGACUAGGAGUGGCUGUACUGGUGAAUUUCGGUGCAAACGCCUUGGUGACUUUUGCCUUCUCCCCAUUGGAGGCAUGGCUCGGGGCUGGAACUUUGUUCUAUCUAUUCGGAGUGAUAGGUCUCGUGUCGCUCCUCUUCAUAUUCUUCGUCGUGCCGGAGACAAAGGGACUCACCCUCGAGGAGAUUGAGGCCAAAUGCUUGUAAGCUGUUCCAUUUGCAUGUUGUGCUAUCUAAUAGGCUGAGUAAGGCAUAGCUGGUUCUUCCUUGUCUCCAAGGUGAGAUGUAAUAUAUAUGUAAUAUUGUUGUUGACUGGAAUCCAAGACACCACACUACUUUACCCUUUCCCGCACGUUGUCUUUCAAGGUGGGAAAAGAAGAGAAAAUGUAAUAGUUAGCAGUAAGGCCUCCCUGUUGUAGGACACUGGACAUUUCCUUAUAAACCUUCGAUCAUCUAGGAUGCAAUUCCAAAAGUAAUCGAGAAUGAAUAAUUGGUAUUAUGAGGUUUCCACUAUUUGAGUUGAUUGAUCCAUACAAUUACUGGAUUAGCACCCGACUUUCGAUUCGCGACGAACGCGAGAUGUGACCAGAAUUGGGUUGAAAAGGGUUAACAUUGCAUUAGGUUCAUCGUCCAACCCAAACCAACUUGUCUAUCGCAAAUCCGAUUUGAGACCCGUGGGCAAACCAACGAAAGCUAGAUUUUGACUAGUAUUCGGUUCAAAAGAAUGAUGGUUCAGGUAGCCAGUCAGAUGUGGCGAGUGUAUGUAAAAACUUUUGGAUUUGGGACUAAACUAGUUCUGUACUGUCAGAGGAUAAUCAGAGCUGAACUCAGUCUUCUUUUUCUUCUCAUUAUACUAGAGCUGGUCCAGAUGCGAUCGAUCUAGGAAGCUCGGGAGCUCUCGCCUCUUGGUGUUGUGCGACGUCGAGAUGGACGAGAAGAUGGGGUAGCCAGCGAGAGGUUGGGGGAGAACGGGUAGCGGGAGGAUGGGGGAGAUGGUGGAAGGCGAGCUGCCGAUUUCGAGUGAGAAUUUACUUUAGCGGUUUGCGAUUUUGAACCGCAAUCGCGUGGUUUCGAAUUAACAACACCGCGAACCGCAAACCGCUAGAAAUUCAGACUGCGAAAUUAACGGUGCGGUUUGGCUCGACCGCAACAGCAGGUUGGUGUGAUUUGAAGCGGGUUGACCGCUCCAAUGCCCACCCGGCCUCUGUUGUAACAAGAAGCUUUUGCAAGUCAAGCCAAGGAAGAAGGUUGGCGAGGACACGUUGAAGGAAUUAGAGUAGUUUUCUCAAAUUUAUUAGUUACCAAAUACCACAGAUAAAUACCCCAUCUAUUUGCCCCGUGCCCAAAAAACAAGACAAACUUGCAAUCAAAUUUCAGAAUACCACAAGGCCAAUAAGUGAGUUGUUUCACAAGAUCCAUCUAAGUGGCGUUUGCUUGUAGGAUUUUUAAAAAUGAAGUAUUCAGGUAAAAUUCUGAAUUUUAUGGUUCAAGGAUUACGUGGGAUUUUGUCAUUUUAGAUUUGUGUUGAAUUUUAAAAAUACUUUUUUGUUUGUUGGAUUUCAUAUUGAAUUUGUAUCGAUAGGAUUUAUUAAUUAUAGGCUGAAUUUACAUUUGUAUCCUUAAUGAUUUGUGUCUUUGAGGUUCAAUAUGAGAUUUAUAAACCAUGCACCCCACG